AUGUCUGACAGAAAGCGAGUCAUCAUCCGUUUUGACUGGGAUAAAUUCAAUGACGUCAAUGAGAAGGUCAUUAACAUCAUCAGAGAGGAUACUGGAACCGAUCAGUUUAUCGUCCAGCCAAGCUACCCCCCAGUCUAUCACCCCCCACCGUUGAGUGAGGAUGCCAUUGAAAAGUUGAAAGCUUUGGACGGGGUUCAACUCACCUUCCCUGAUGAUGAGGAAUAA